AUGAUGCCCUUCGGACUGAAAAAUGCCGGAGCGACAUAUCAGAGGCUGGUAGACCAAGUGUUUGCCGAGCAAAAAGGCCGCAACAUGGAAGUCUAUGUUGACGAUUCCAUCGUCAAGAGCAAAGAGGCGAAAGACCAUGUUUCAGACCUAGCAGAAACAUUCGCCACUUUGAGAAAACACCAAAUGAAGCUGAAUCCGAAGAAAUGUGUCUUCGGAGUGAGGUCAGGGAAAUUCCUAGGCUUCAUGGUCAGAAAGAGGGGGAUUGAUGCCAAUCCCGCCAAAGUUCAAGCAGCUCUUGAUCUUCUCGAGCCGAAGACAAAAAGGGACAUUCAGCGUCUCACUGGGAGGAUGGCCGCCCUAUCCAGGUUCAUCUCAAAAGCCUCGGACAAAGGAUUGCCCUUCUUCAAAGCGCUGAAAUUGCCGAAAUCCAAGGAGCUCAUGUGGGAAGAUGAGCAAAAGAUAGCCUUCCAACAGCUCCGAGAGCAGCUGGCUAAUCUCCCAACACUGGCAAGGCCAGCCGAAGGAGAAGUCUUGUACUUAUAUGUGGCAGUUAGCCCCGCUACAAUAGUGGUCUUAACAGAUCAACCGCUGGAAAAAAUCCUCGGCAAGGUUGAAAAGUCAGGCAGGCUAACAAAGUGGGCCUUCGAGCUCACUAAGUUCAGCAUAAGCUAUCAGCCGAGGGCAGCCAUUAAGGCCCAAGCCUUAGCAGAUUUCCUAGCCGAAUGUUCCUAUCAGGAAACACUCGACGAAGAGAAGGGGACUUGGACUGUGUUUACAGAUGGCUCAGCCACUAUAAAUGGUUCGGGAGCUGGGGUAGUAAUCACCUCUCCCGAAGGCAAAAACUUCGAGUAUGCACUCAAAUUCUCGUUCAAGGCUUCUAACAACGAAGCAGAAUACGAGGCAGUAGUCGCUGGCUUAGAACUAUGCAUAGCUCUCGAAGCCGAGCAUGUCUGUUUGAAGACAGACUCUCAGCUGGUCGCUAAUCAGAUUCGGGGCGAAUAUGAGGCCAAAGAGCCCUCCAUGAUCUCUUAUCUCGCCAAGAUCAAGUCAGUCAUAGCGAAGUUGAGAACUUUUGAAAUUGAGCUGAUCCCAAGGGGUCAGAAUGCUCAAGCCGACGCACUAUCCAAACUUGCAAGUUCAACUCUUACUGAGCUGAACCGAUUCGUAUAUGUGGAAGUACGCCGAAACAGAAGCAUUGACCAAGAAAUUGAGGUCCAAUGUGUCGAAGCUGAACCGAGCUGGAUGGACUCCAUCCUGGCUUAUAAGCUUCAAGGAACGCUCCCCGAGGACAGGAACCUAGCCGUAAAAAUAAAAAGGGUCGGCCCAAGGUUCAUUGUCUAUAAUGGGGAACUGCUGAAAAAGUCCUUUUCAGCCCCGCUGCUGAAAUGUGUGGGUCCAACAGAUGCAGAUUACAUCCUUCGGGAGAUCCACUUCGGCAUCUGUGGAAACCACAUAAGGGGAAGGACCCUGGCCCAUAAAGCAUUGCGGGUAGGGUAUUACUGGCCAACCAUGAUCCAGGAUGCCAAGGACUUGGUGCAGAAAUGUGAAAAAUGCCAAAAAUUCGCACCAGUUAUCCAUCGGCCUUCGAGAGACCUUCAGCCGAUCUUGAAUCCACUCCCUUUUGCUCAAUGGGGGUUGGAUAUUCUAGGUCCGUUUCCUGAGGCUCCUUAUCAGAAAAAGUGGCUGAUAAUCGGAAUCGACUACUUCAGCAAGUGGAUAGAAGCCGAAGCAGCCUCAAACAUAACUGAGCAGACUGUCAGGAAAUUUAUCUGGCAGAAUAUUAUUACUCGCUUCGGCAUUCCGAAGGUGUUUGUCUUUGACCAUGGGAGGCAAUUCGAUAAUCUGCCGUUAAGGUGGUACACAGAUCACUUUGGCAUAAAGCUGGAAUAUUCGGCAGUCUGUCAUCCUCAAAGUAACGGCCAGGCUGAAGCUGCAAAUAAGCAGAUACUCAACGCUCUCAAAAAGAGAGUUGAAGAUCAAAAGUCCAAGUGGAUAGAGGAACUUCCCAGAACUCUAUGGUCACUUCGGACUACAGAAAAAGAGGCUACGGGGCAUUCACCUUUUGAAUUGGUGUAUGAAUCCGAAGCUGUUUUACCAGUGGAGAUUGGCUCAGAAAGUCUUCGAGUCAAUCAGUUCUCAGUCGAAGAAAAUGAGCAUCUCAUGAAAGAGUCCCUCGAUUUCUUAGACGAGGUCCGAGAUUCGGCAAGGGACAGAAUGGCAGCAUACAAACAGAGAAUCAGCAAGUUCUACAACCGAAGAGUCCAGACAAGGCUCCUUAAGGUUGGGGACCUCGUUCUUCGGAAUGUUGCCGCUGUCCAGAAAAGCCGCAUCCAUGGAAAACUCUCGGCUAACUGGGAGGGGCCUUAUGAAUUAUAUGAUGAGCUCCAACCAGGAACUUAUCGGCUUCGGCAGUUAGGUGGCACUGAGUUGAAAAACCACUGGAAUGCAGAUGUACUUAGGAAAUUUCAUGUGUAA